CAACUAGGGAGGAGACAGGCCCGUGAACGCCGAUGCGCGCUCCCGAUAAUAAACCUAUGACGCCUUCAUCCGGGAACUACUACAAACUCGUUCUCCAACAUGGCGGCGUCAGCUAAGAAGAAGAAUAAGAAGGGGAAGACCCUCACCUUGACUGACUUCCUGGCAGAGGACAGCGGAGGCAGCAAUGCACCCCCCAGCUACCCAGCCAAGUCCACUAGCUGGGCCGAUGAGACUGAUGACCUGGACGGAGAUGUCUCGACCUCGUGGCACACGGAGGAGGAUUCGUAUCGGGCACCGCCCAUUGAUCGGUCCAUCCUGCCCACAGCGCCUCGCUCAGCUCGUGAACCCGAUAUUGACCGGUCCCGCCUGCCCCGCAGCCCGCCUUACACGGCUUUCCUGGGCAACCUGCCCUAUGAUGUCACUGAAGACUCGAUCAAAGACUUCUUCCGCGGCUUGGCAAUCAGUGCAGUGCGUCUCCCUCGAGAGCCUAGUAACCCAGAGAGGCUCAAGGGCUUUGGCUAUGCUGAAUUUGAUGACGUGGACUCUCUCCUGAGGGCCCUGAGUCUCAGUGAGGAGAACCUGGGAAACCGAAGGAUCCGUGUGGAUAUUGCAGACCAGUCUAAUGAUAAAGAGAGAGAUAAUGGACCUAUGGGAGGCCGAGACAGGGGAGGACGGAUGUCAGACAUGGGUCCUGACAAGACAGACAGUGACUGGAGGGCUCGGCCCAGUGCAGAUAACGACGAUGGACCUCCCAAGAGAGAUGAUGCCUUUGGAGAGAGAUCACGGGAUCGCUACGAGUCGGAUCGUUACAGAGAUGGCCCACGGCGGGACAAUGACCGCUAUGAUGGGGGAAGAGACCGCUACCGGGAUCGCUAUGACGACCGGGACCGCAGAGACUACGAUAGAGGUUUUGACUCUCGUGGUGGUGGAGGUGGUCGUCGUGCCUUUGGCAGUGGCUUCCGCCGUGACUAUGAUGACAGUCGGGGUAGCGGUGAUCGUUACGGGGAUCGGGAUCGUUACGGCGACCGUGAGGACCGGUACGAGAGACGGGAUGAAAGGCGCGAGGAGAGAGCUCCGCAGCAGAGACCCAAGUUGAACCUUAAGCCCCGUAGUGUGCCCAAGGAGGAGGAUGGUAGCAGCGGCAACGCCGGUGGUACUUCCCCAGCAGCGGCAGCUCCGAGCUCAGGAAGCAGGGCCUCCUCCAUCUUUGGUGCAGCCAAGCCGGUUGACACAGCAGCCAAGGAGAGGGAGGUGGAGGAGAGGCUGAAGAAACAGGAAGAGAGGCUGCAGAGGCAGCUGGAGGAGGACAAAGGACGGGGCCAUGACCGAAAGAUGCGGGACAGGUCAGGGGAUGACAAGGACCCAAGCUGGCGCAGCGAAGAAUCUCAUACUGAGCGAUCUCGCACAGGAAGUGAGUCUUCACAGCCAGGAAGUACUUCUGGAAGAGGCUCCCGGUGUCGAGACAGCGAGCGCUCUGGAGAGAAUGAGGUUUUCAGUGGGAGAGAAGGCGAGCCCUCCUCCCCUGGGUCCUCCCCCCAGCCCCCAUCCAGCGGCUCCACCAAGGAGCCACUGAAGGUGAUGCCUGCACCUCCUCCAAAGGAGAACGCCUGGGCCAAGAGAAGUGCGGCCAGCACAGGCUCUAGCGAUGGUGAUGGACGACCUCCGGUCUCUCCUGUCUCCCCAAGUGGUUCAACUCCUCCCAAGCUCAGUUCUGCAGAUGAAAGAGGAUCUGAUAAAGAUGAGAACAAGGCUGAUGGUGUGCGUCGGGACCGGGGGCCCCCACGUGCACGAGGGGGGCCUGCAGGGCCUGGAGCAGGGCGGGGUCGAGGAGAGGGGCCCAACAGAGACCGAAGAAAGGAGGCAGACAGAAGGGAUAACAGAAGAGACCGAGACUCCAGACCACCCCCAGAGCCAAAGAAAUUCGAAGAAACCCCAACCCCCAAGUUCAGCUCAGCCAGUAAGUACGCCGCUUUGCUAAUGGACGGAGACCAAGGAGACGACGCAGAGGACGUAGAAUAGAGAGCAAAUAACGAGACGAGGCCCGAAAAGCGCAAGAGGAGGAGAAAGCGACGACCGCAGAAAAAAAAAUAAUCUCACAUAGCUUAUGAAAAAAAAACUCCUCACAUGGAUGAGGCUCCUGGGAGGACAUCACUCCCUCCUUCCUUUCCUCCUACAAACCUGUCCUUUACUUUCAAACCACCCAACCCAUCCUCCCUCCCCCCCGCCCCACCUUCAGGAC